AUGACAACAACAUCUCAAACACUGCCUAAUUAUCAGCCAGCAGGAGAGAGCUUGAGUACUAAUCCGAUUCCUGAAGCAGUUCCGAUCAAUUCUUCUGGAUCAAUAGGCCCUUUCUUCGCAGUGAUCUCCGUCCUAACGGUCCUUGCAUUUCUUUCAUGCGUGUUGGGUAGAAUCUUGACCCGUAAUAAGGUGGUGCUGACACCAUUGGAGGGCAUUAGAGAUCAAAGAAGCUGUUUCGCAUGGCUGAAGCGCAACUGCAGGUUUCAGUGUCUGUCUGGUGAUCAUUGUCAUCAUCCUGAUGUGGAAGUUGGAUCAGCAAAGGUCAAGAGUUUUGGCCAACGAGGAAAUGAUAUUGCCAAGGUUAAAGAAGGUGAUAAGCCUUCUUCGGAAGACGGCUAAGUUACAUUUUCAAAGCUGUAAUGGUGACAUAGUUUGAGU